AUGGGCGCCACCGCCAACGCGCUGAACAUACUAGGUCUCGUGUUCCUCUCACAUGCCGUCUACAGCUCUUACGAACACUCCCUCCUCCCCUCCUCCUCUGUUCCACCACCUCGCAGCUCAAUCAUUCCACGCCUUCUCGACCCCGCAAUCAACCUCCCACUCGACAUCGCGCUCGAGACUGUAUUCUCGGUACUGUUACUGUGUGUGGGCGUGGUCAUGAGCAGCCCGGAACUUAAACCAAUCCAGUGGAAUGUAUGGGCGGGAAGACUGGAGAGGAGCAAAGAGGCGAGAGAGGUCAAGGCUGUGGGUGUGGGAGGAGGAAAUCCUUACGCGACACUGGAGGAGAGGCCAGGGUUUUUAGAUGUGAGGAAAAGACGGGGGGAGUUUAGGGAGUGGGUGACAAAGGGCGAGGAUGUGAAGACCUUGUAG